AUGCAGUAUUCUGGAGCACUAUUUAAACUCCAGGAAGAACAAAUUACAUCUCAGUCUCCCAGCACCCCAGCUCCGCAGAAUCUCUUUAGCGUGCCGGAUAAGCCCACUCCAUCGUCAUUAGUUCCAAACUUCCAGAGACACGAAAUACCACGACCGGAUAUGUUUGCGAAGGAAAUGGCGAAGUAUGGUGUUAAAGAAUCCAAACACACGACGGAAUCCAACCCCAGCAGUAGUCCGCCAAAGCCCAAGGACUUGUCCGGCCUUACGCCCUCAAAGUGGGCGAGCUAA